UUGUUUUUUCAUCAACCAGAACCAGGAGUUGGAGCAGGAUCAGGAUCAGGAUCAUUGUUGUCAAACUUUUUUUAUUUAUCCAACAAUUAAAAAACUGAGUUUUUUUAUUCGAUUGUUAUUUUUUGCGGGAUUUUAUAUCAGUUUAAAAAAAUUUGAAGUUUAUUUUUAAAUUUAAUUAUGUUUGAUUUCAUGUAGACAUCUUGGAAAAUGGUUUGUGAAAAGUGUGAAAAAAAACUCGGACGAAUAAUAACACCAGACCCAUGGAAAUUUGGAGCGCGCAAUACUGUGGAGAGUGGUGGCAGAAAAGUUGGAGAAAACAAGGCUUUGUCGGGUAACAAAACGCGGUUUAAUCCUUACACAGCUAAAUUUGAAACCUGUAGGAUAUGCAGGCAAAAAGUUCACCAAGUUGGGUCACAUUAUUGUCAAUCGUGCGCUUACAAAAAAAGUAUUUGUGCUAUGUGUGGUAAGAAAUUGAUGGACAAUAAAAAUUACAAGCAAUCUGCGACAUGAAUAAUUAAUCUGCUCAAAUAUUAUGAUCCUCAAGUUAGCAAACAAUUUUCAAAUUUGUUUUUUAACAAUUUAAUUCAAAAAAAAAAAAAAUAAAUAAUAUGCACAUGUAGAAAAUUUGAAAAGCUACAAGUGUAAUUUUCUGAAAUAUUUUGUUUGUAAAUGUAUCGUUUUUAAAAAAAAUUCAAAAAUUAUUAGACACCCGCAGAUGGCUGAUUUCAGUAUCAUUAAAUAUUAUUGUAAAAUAUAAUAAUUAUAGUUCAUAAUUAAUUAAUUAAUUAAUUUAAUGACAUUAUCAUAUGACGUAUCAAUGCGAAGUGAAAAUGAUAAAAUUUAUUUUGUUAUAUAAAUGGUAAUUACAAUGUAAUAACUAUUUACCGUAUAAUUAAAAACAAUGUACAAUAUUACAGGCUACAUUAUUUGAUAACAAUCGAUUAUUAUUAUCAAUUAUACUAUUAUUAUUAUUAUUAAUUAA